AUGGGCAAGAAGAUAGACAGAUGGCCGUGGCUCCCUGUCCCUCUAGCCCUGGGCCACGGUGUGCGCCUGUCCCACGAGCGCGGGAAGCCCGCGGGGGAGGAGAGUGUGGUGCCGCCCGGGUCCCCAAGACACUGCGCCGGCGCCAACCUUCCCUCCUUCCCUUCCCACCGGAAGUUCUCUGCCCCCCGGCACGGACACCUGGGGUUCCUGGCCCACAAGCGGAGCAGCCGGCACCGGGGCAAGGUGAAGACUUGGCCCCGGGACGACCCCAGCCGGCCGGUGCACCUCACGGCUUUCCUGGGCUACAAGGCUGGCAUGACGCACACCCUUCGAGAGGUGCACCGGCCGGGGCUCAAAAUUUCCAGGCGGGAGGAAGUAGAGGCAGUGACCAUUGUGGAGACGCCGCCUCUGGUGGUGGUCGGCGUUGUGGGCUACGUGGCCACUCCUCGGGGCCUGCGGAGCUUCAAGACCAUCUUUGCAGAACACCUCAGCGACGAGUGCCGCCGCCGCUUCUACAAGGACUGGCACAAGAGCAAGAAGAAAGCAUUCACCAAGGCCUGCAAGAGGUGGCGGGACGCCGAGGGCAGGAAGCAGCUGCAGAAGGACUUCGCCGCCAUGAAGAAGUACUGCAAGGUCAUCCGUGUCAUUGUCCACACCCAGAUGAAGCUGCUGCCUUUCCGGCAGAAGAAGGCCCACAUCAUGGAGAUCCAGCUGAAUGGCGGCACAGUGGCUGAGAAGGUGGCCUGGGCCCAGGCCCGGCUGGAGAAGCAGGUGCCGGUGCACAGUGUGUUCAGCCAGAACGAGGUCAUUGAUGUCAUUGCUGUUACCAAGGGCCGGGGUGUCAAAGGGGUCACGAGCCGCUGGCAUACCAAGAAGCUGCCGCGGAAGACCCACAAAGGGCUGCGCAAGGUGGCCUGCAUUGGCGCCUGGCACCCUGCCCGCGUGGGCUGCUCCAUUGCUCGGGCCGGGCAGAAGGGUUACCACCACCGCACGGAGCUGAACAAGAAGAUCUACCGCAUCGGCCGCGGGGUGCAUAUGGAGGAUGGGAAGGUGGUCAAGAACAAUGCAUCCACCAGCUACGACAUGACCGACAAGUCCAUCACGCCACUGGGAGGCUUCCCCCACUACGGGGACGUCAACAACGACUUCGUUAUGCUGAAGGGUUGCAUCGCGGGCACCAAGAAGCGGGUCAUCACACUGAGGAAGUCCCUCCUGGUGCACCACAGCCGCCAGGGCCUGGAGAACAUUGAACUCAAGUUCAUCGACACCACUUCCAAGUUUGGCCAUGGCCGCUUCCAGACAGCCCAAGAGAAGAGGGUGUUCAUGGGUCCCCAGAAGAAGCAUCUUGAGAAGGAAAAGUCCGAGAGCUCGAGAGACCUAUAGGCGGCUUGGGAUGGAGGGAUCCUGAAGGAAGCGCGGCGCGACCCCCGCCUGCCCCCUCUGUCUAAUAAAGUGCGAGGCGACUCUUC